UUUUUUGAUUUUAUUUAGCCUUUUUAGCACAGAUUAAGCCUUAUAUGAUAUAAACAACAUCAUGUGCAAACAUCAAUGAUCAUUUGAAUAAAUAUAAAACACUUGCUGUACUUUAGUAUCUGUAGAAUGUGGGACCAAUAGUCUUUCACAACUGUCCUUCACUCUUCUUCUUUUCUAGUGACGAGAUGAACAGGUUACUCAUUCACUUAAACUGAAUUGACAAAAACCCAAGUCCCUAUUGUUGCAUAACAUCUCCUUCAUGUACGUAAGAAGAAAGUCAUAUGGGUUUGCAAGAUGAAGAUGAAGGUGAAGAUGAGCAAAUGUCAACUAUUAGUUUUGGAUGAACAAUCUCUUUACAAAUUAGAGCACACAUAACAGUUUCUUGCCAAACUUCCUGCUUAAUGCAGAAGUUUAUUUUUAAGAACGAUUCUUCAGAAGCAGCUGCCAUACAAGCAUUAUGCUAUUUUAAAUAGGUUAAACCACAAGGACACAACGGUGAACAUCGCUGAGCAUCGAAUAAAUGUCUAAAAUGCCACCAUAAAACUCAGCUCAUAUACACGGCACUAUAAGUGGAUAAAAUGAUCUUCAGCAGUUCAUAGAUUUACAAUUAAGAACAAAGUACAAGUCAACAAACCUGCAUUUCAUAAUUGGAAUAAUUAUUAUUACUAAACUUCUUUUGUGAAAACAAAUUGUUAUUUCAUACAGUCAUUUUAUUACAAUUAAUUUCAAUUGUUAAACACUAAUGCAUUAGGUAUCAUAAACAAUGAUUUUUUUACAGUAUUUUUACAGUAAUAAUACAGUAUUAUUUUACAGAAGUGCACUUAAUUGUAUUGAAAGUGUACUUUUUGUGUACUUCAAAUCUUAAAAGUAUACUUUUUAAAAAGUGCACUAGCAGAUAAUAUAAUAUAAUUAGAAUUAAAGGCCACUUAAGUGUACUUAAAAAGAAUAUACUUUAAUGACAAUAUUUAUUAACACACUUAAGUACACAUUUUAAAAAUGCACUUUGUAAUAAUGUCUAAUUUUUACUUAAAGAAAGUACACUUUAAUGACAAUAUUUAUUAACAUUAUAGUUUAUAGUGUUUUAAAUAAGUACACUUAUUUUGAUGUAUUGACUAAUAUACUGAAGUACAUUGAAAAUAAUUUAUUUUAAUUUCAACUCAAGUGUGUUGUCCAAAAUGACAUUUGUUAAUGUGUUUUAAAUGUGCUUAGUGUUUAAUAUAUACUGUGUGCAUUAAUACACUUGAAAUGUAUUUUUCUUCUGAAUUUCAAUACACUUGCUUAUACAGUAUAAUCCAGUACAACUUAUUGUUGAAAUUUUUAUCACCAGCUCCUGCUCUAAACUCAACUAGUGUAAGUUUUCUACAUAAUAUUUGACAUAAAAUGUCAAAGUUUUGUUAAAUGUAAUCGCUUGAUGUAGGUUAUAAAACAUGAACAGGCAGUUUAGUAGUCAUUUCAGUGGUUUAUGUGCACAUUUCCCAUGGGUGUCUGGCUCAAGUUCCCCAUUUUGGAAAACAUAACAUUGCAAAAAAAUAUAAAGAUUUCCUGUGUGACAAAACCUAACCCACAGGAAUGCUCCUCAGAAAUACUUCACAACAAGUAAGGCAGUAUUUGAUGUCAUAGUGACAUCAGACACAAAUCAAUUGACCACCUUUAUGUGCAAUUUAUAUCACAAAUAAUCCUGACUCUUUAGCAGCAACACAACUUCUCCCUUUAUGAACAGUGAAACUCUGGUAUCACAGAAAACAAAUAGCUUCAUUCAUCAGCAUCAGCAUUCACAAGACAUUAAACCCAGUAAAUAACCGUUAAAAUACCAGGUUGACUUUUCCAGUAGCUUGACUGUUCACACGAGCAAAGGUGUUCUGUGUUUCUACCAAAAUACCGGUAAACUCUGUGAGGUUAAUCAUCAGAAAUGACCUCUAAACGCUGAACCAUUUUCUUUAUCCACCUGCUUUUGUUUUACUAACUGGCCAAUUUGAUAACAUACAUAUAUAUAUAUAUAUAUAUAUAUAUAUAUAUGUCUGAGUGCCAGGUGUGGGAUGAUCACACAAAUUGUUUUUGCUCUUAAAAAACACAACACUGAUAAAACUGCAGUACUGUAUAGUACUGAGUUUACUAUAGUAUGAACAAGUGACUGCAGAGCCACAGUGCUGAUGAAUAAAAAUGAAGGCAGGGUCUCGAGCGUAAAAUGCGGUCAGACGUCCAACUAGCAUGUUUACAUAGAAAAACAAUUAAAAGCAGCGGAGCUAACGGUAAAAAGCUCCAACAGAGCUUUAUGAUUGGCCCAAAGCAGACUUCUCAUGUCAACACUCGCACAUGCUCAUACCGGCAAUCAUAUUCUUUGUUCACACACAUUAUCAUGCCGGUAAUUUAUUGAUAAUGUUACAACUUCUCAUAUAGCACUACUGAAAAAAUUGCCAGAAAAUUACCAAUAUUUUUGAAAAAGUCCCAUUCACACAUGAUUUCUAAAUGUUAAAGGCAAGCGGCAACCUCCCCCAGUUUCUCGUGAAGCCAAUACGGAAGUGACUUAAACUGCAAUUCAUCGACUGGCCGCUAGGGACAGGCUCCAAAAGAGAGCAGAAUCUCAUUGACCCACAUGUUAAAAUGAACAACUUUACAGCAGAAAAAAAAUGUUUACAGCUUGGUACAAAUUGUGGUUUUGGUCUAUACUGCUAAUUUUGCCCUUCAUGACAACUCUGAGGGGGGUGAAUUUUUUUAUAACUCAUCCGUUUAAAUUAUAUUAAGCCUUAAAGUUCUGCAUAAUUAUGGGCGUGGUCACUUGAGUGACAGGUAGAUUGCCGCUGCUGUCACCUCAGCUAAUUCCAGCCACUGAAUUUGGCAUCUUAGCCGUAUUUGUGCUUUUUUUCUGGAUUAUUUUAUACAAUUAUAAAAUAAUAUGGCUUGCUGCGUUAAUGGUCCAGACUCGAGACAGAUGUGUGUCUGUGUAGAUGUGCAUGCAUGCGGAAGAUAAACAGAACACACGUUGUUGGAUCGUGGCAUUGGCUAAAAGUUUUUGUGGCGAGGGGGGCGUGGUUCAGCGGAGUCGGCAGCGGGAGAGAGAGUCAGGAGACGAACGGUGAGUGAGUGGGUUAAAUGCAAAUGACGAACACCUGUCUCUUGUUUCAGUAAUUGGUGUGGAGAGAGUAUAUAACACCAGGAGAAACAGGAGUGGGGGAGAGAGAGACGGACUACUGACUGCUGCCCCGCUGAUGAUCUACGAGUGAGAGACUUCUGAAUGAUUGGUGACCGCUUUGUGCCUGUCUGCACCCCUUUUUGUUUUGAAUUGUGAGAAUUAUUGCAAAUAAAAAGCAGUCAGUAGUCAAGCCGACCCUGUCCUCUUCCUUCCUGAGUACUGAACUUUGCUACACUGGUGCCGAAACCCGGGAAGGAAGACGGAAGCCGCCGCCAUGCAAUCGUCCUCCGGAUCGCCAUUUGCGGAGAUUAUCACCUCCCUCGCGGUCAUGCAGCAAGAACAACACCAGGCCCUGCUGGACUUGAGACAGGAUCAAGAGAGGUGCUUCCAAGUCGUUGUUCAAGCCCAGCAGGAGGACCGCGAGAGGUUCCGGAGCUGGAUUGACCGGGAGGUUCGACCGGAAGCCCUGGAACCUCGAGCUGUGCCCGCCCACCUACCACUACACAAAAUGGGAUCUGAGGACGACCCGGAGGUUUUCCUCGAUCUUUUUCAGAAGACGGCCGAGCUGUCGGGCUGGCCGCGGGACCAGUGGCCGAUGCGCCUGGUCCCGCUGCUCUCCGGGGAGUCCCAGAUAGCGGCACAGCAGCUUCCGGUGCAGAAUCUCCUGGUCUUCGACGACCUAAAAAGGGCCAUCCUCCAGCGGGUCGGCCGGAGCCCUGAAGAACAUCGCCAGCGGUUCCGUUCCCUGGAACUGGGCGAGUCCGGCCGACCGUUCGUGUUGGCCCAACAGCUCCGGGACUCCUGCCGCAAAUGGCUGUUGGCUGAGGGAGGCGACGUGGAGAAGAUUGUCGAUCGAGUGGUACUGGAGCAGUUCAUUACUCGGCUCCCACGGAGGACAGCAGAGUGGGUCCAGUGCCACCGCCCCACGUCGCUGGACUCAGCCAUCCACCUCGCGGAGGACCACAUGGUGGCGUGCCCAGGGGUCGGCGAACCCCUCCCAUCUGUCUCUCUCUCCCCGUCUUCCCCUUCUGUCUCUCUCUCUCGUCCUGUCCCUCUCCCCAGGUCCCGCCCACCUGUACAUCCUCGAGUCCCGCCCCGGGGGCGGGGCGGAGUUGACCCGAGCCAGUUUGGGGGUCUCAGAGCCCCGCCCAGGAGGGCGGGACUGACUUCCGCUGGACAGGACCCCGCGCCUGUUUCUCCGCUCUCUCCACGCCAAUCAUUUACCCCACUCCCUGCCACUGGGGCGGCGGGGAGGUCUGGGCCAGCCUGUUGGCGUUGCGGGGACCCGGAGCAUUUCGUGGACAGGUGCCCGGUGAUGGAGGUUGGGACAAUGGUCCGGGUCCCGGACGCCCCGCAGGCUGCCCCCGGUCAAGCUGGCUGGUAUCAAAUACCUGUGAGUAUCAAGGGGGGUACCUAUCAGGCCUUGGUGGAUUCAGGCUGUAACCAAACCUCGAUCCAUCAAAGCCUGAUUUCAUCCGGGGCAUUGGAUACAAGCCGCGUGGUUAAGGUGCGGUGCGUACACGGGGAUGUGGUGGUAUAUCCGGUAGUGCCGGUCAUUAUCCAGUUCAGGGGCCAAAAGCAUAGCGUUGAGGUGGCAGUUAAUCCGCACCUCCGGCAUCCGUUAAUUUUGGGGACAAAUUGGCCAGCAUUUUCUGAAUUAUUGGGUUAUUUAUGCACGGAUGCCUCUUGGGGGAAAAAGGCGAUGGUUGGGGAUGCGCAAGCACAGGCGGGAGAGACUGAACGGGGACCACUGAGUGCUGCUUCAGGGGAACAGAGUGAAAUUGAGAGAAUAAUUCUCUCGGAUCGCGAUGACUUUCCCCUGGAGCAGUCUCAGGAUGAGACCCUAAAACGUGCAUUUGAGCAGGUCCAAACCAUCGACGGUCAGCCUCUCCAGCCUGGACGGGCGCUUACUUAUCCAUAUUUUGCAGUUAUAAAAAAUCGGUUGUAUCGGGUGACCCAAGACACCCAGACAAAAGAAGAUACAACCCAGUUGUUAGUUCCAAGGAGCCGCAGGGAAAUGCUUUUCCAAGCGGCUCAUUCUAAUCCAAUGGCUGGACACUUAGGACAGGCAACAACACUAAAUCGCCUCAUGACCCGAUUCUUUUGGCCGGGCAUUCACGAGAAUGUGCGCAGGUGGUGCGCGUCUUGUCGUGAAUGUCAGUUGGUAAAUCCACCGGCCACCCCAAAAGCGCCUUUGCGCCCCCUCCCAUUAAUGCAGGUCCCCUUCGAGAGAAUUGGUAUGGACCUCAUCGGGCCAUUAGAGCGAUCAGCCAGGGGACAUCGCUUUGCAUUAGUCAUUGUGGAUUAUGCAACUCGAUAUCCUGAAGCAGUGGCCCUCCGCAGCAUUUCCGCGAAGAGUGUUGCGGACGCACUGUUUACUUUAAUCUCCCGGGUGGGGAUUCCAAAAGAAAUCCUCACCGAUCAAGGCACGGCGUUUAUGUCACGUACUUUACGCGAACUUUACGAAUUAUUGGGCAUUAAAGCGAUCCGUACCAGCGUCUUUCACCCACAAACUGACGGGCUGGUCGAACGUUUUAAUCGCACGCUUAAAACCAUGAUUCGUAAAUUCGUACAAGAAGACGCCAAAAAUUGGGAUAAAUGGUUAGAACCCCUGUUGUUCGCUGUGCGAGAAGUCCCGCAAGCCUCCACGGGGUUUUCCCCCUUCGAGCUUCUUUACGGACGCCAGCCCCGCGGGGUACUGGAUGUCCUGAGAGAAACUUGGGAGGACGGACCAUCUCAGAGCAAAAACGAAAUUCAGUAUGUAAUGGACUUGAGAACAAAACUCCACACUUUGGGGCGGCUAUCAACGGAGAAUUUGUUACAAGCCCAGGACAAACAGAGCCGGCUGUACAACAGGGGAACUAACUUGCGUAAAUUCGCACCGGGAGAGAAAGUGCUUGUAUUACUUCCAACGUCAAGCUCGAAAUUAUUAGCAAAGUGGCAAGGACCAUUUGAGGUCACACGGCGGAUUGGAGAUCUCGAUUAUGAGGUUAUACGGUCUGAUAGGAGAGGGGCACGUCAGAUUUAUCACCUCAAUCUCCUUAAAAAAUGGAAUGAGGCAGAGGCAGUGAUGUUGGCGAUGGUGAUUGGUGGAGAGGAUGAUCUCGGGCCAGAGGCGAAUACCAAACACCAAUCUCUCGCACUGGCCCCCGGAGGAGAUCAUCUCUCGCCCUCCCAGCUCACUGACCUGACGAAAUUACAAGCAGAGUUUGCGGACGUGUUCUCGCCCCUACCGGGCCGUACUAAUUUGAUUCAGCACCAUAUCGAGACAGAGCCGGGCGUGGUAGUUAGCAGCCGGCCGUACCGUUUGCCUGAACAUAAAAAAAAAGUGGUUCAGGCAGAAUUAGGAGCAAUGCUUGACAUGGGCGUAAUAGAAGAAUCCAACAGUAACUGGGCGAGCCCGAUAGUUUUAGUUCCGAAAACGGACGGCUCGGUUCGGUUCUGUGUGGAUUAUCGCAAGGUGAAUGCUGUGUCGAAAUUCGACGCGUAUCCAAUGCCACGGGUGGACGAACUGCUUGAUCGGCUCGGUACGGCUCGGUUUUAUUCGACACUGGACUUAACAAAGGGAUAUUGGCAGAUCCCCUUGUCUCCAUUAUCUAAAGAAAAGACAGCUUUCACCACGCCGUUUGGAUUACACCAAUUUGUUACCCUUCCGUUCGGGCUGUUCGGGGCUCCGGCUACCUUUCAGCGUCUCAUGGACAGAAUUUUACGGCCCCAUGCUGCGUAUGCUGCUGCCUACUUAGAUGACAUAAUUAUAUUUAGUCAUGACUGGCAGCGGCAUAUGCAGCAUUUGAGGGCUGUCUUGAGGUCGCUGAGAGGGGCUGGGCUCACGGCCAACCCGAAGAAGUGUGCAAUUGGGCGGGUGGAAGUAAGAUAUCUGGGCUUCCACUUGGGACAUGGGCAGGUGCGUCCCCAAAUUGAUAAGACGGCAGCAGUUGCGACCUGUCCGCGUCCCAAGACCAAAAAGGAGGUGAGACAGUUCCUAGGGCUGGCGGGAUAUUAUAGAAGGUUUGUACCUAAUUAUUCGGACCUCACCAGCCCUUUGACUGAUCUCACUAAAAAGGAGGCACCAGAUACGGUCCAGUGGACGGAGCUGUGCCAGCAGGCCUUUACCCAAGUGAAGGCUGCUUUAUGUGGCGGGCCGUUGUUACACUCUCCUGAUUUUUCUCUCCCUUUCCUGUUGCAGACAGACGCGUCGGACAGGGGGCUGGGUGCCGUCCUGUCCCAGGAGAUAGAGGGGGAGGAACGGCCGGUGCUGUACAUUAGUCGGAAGCUCUCAAAGAGAGAGACUAAGUACAGCACCAUAGAAAAGGAGUGUCUUGCCAUCAGGUGGGCCGUCCUCACCCUCCGCUAUUAUCUCCUGGGACGGGAAUUCACUCUCUGUUCGGACCAUGCCCCCCUGCAGUGGCUCCACCGCAUGAAGGAUACCAACGCGCGGAUCACUCGUUGGUAUCUAGCUUUACAGCCUUUUAAGUUCAAAGUGGUCCACAGGCCGGGUGCUCAGAUGGCUGUGGCCGACUUCCUCUCCAGAAAUGGGGGGGGGGGGGGCUGCAGGCCGGAUGGCUCCCCGGCCUGAGUCGGGCGGUGGGGGUAUGUGGCGAGGGGGGCGUGGUUCAGCGGAGUCGGCAGCGGGAGAGAGAGUCAGGAGACGAACGGUGAGUGAGUGGGUUAAAUGCAAAUGACGAACACCUGUCUCUUGUUUCAGUAAUUGGUGUGGAGAGAGUAUAUAACACCAGGAGAAACAGGAGUGGGGGAGAGAGAGACGGACUACUGACUGCUGCCCCGCUGGUGAUCUACGAGUGAGAGACUUCUGAAUGAUUGGUGACCGCUUUGUGCCUGUCUGCACCCCUUUUUGUUUUGAAUUGUGAGAAUUAUUGCAAAUAAAAAGCAGUCAGUAGUCAAGCCGACCCUGUCCUCUUCCUUCCUGAGUACUGAACUUUGCUACAGUUUUGUUUGUGAGAUUUACUACAAUUACAAUGGCGGGAGGAUAUAAAAUUCUGACAGCACUGCUUGGAUAUUAUAACUAAAACUGCUGCAUUUUGAAAAAUUAUACUUUGGACGCGUGCUCAUUUGUUUGUGAGAUACGAUCAUAUACAUUUUCACAACAUAAACGCUGCUCAGGUUGCAUAAUUUCUUGAAGAACGAUGAUGGAGAGCAGAUCAUUCAGAAGAAAUGUGAUGCAAACAAUGGAUAAUAUAUCAAUAUUUCAUGGAUUUAAUGCUUUUGUGGACAAAAAGUACUGUUUUUUUUUUUUUUUUUUUCAAUGGACACUGAUGGACAUUUUACCCAAUUAAGUGCCACGGAUUGGAUUCAUCUCGCGAUCACUAUUUCAUUAUAAAGGUAUGGAGUCCCGUUUGAUUUUGCGUGUUGUUAUUUGUACACCGGACACAAAUUAAUUACUGGUGUUGGAGCAUCUAUAUGACACCGUAGAUUGACAAUACACCUUUUAGAACUUUCUAAUGAUAUAACUUAUCUUUAUUAAUAUUUUAGAUAGAUAGCUCCUUUAACUGCUAACAUGAUCACGUCGAGCUAGGCAGGCGUGGUUUCAGCAACCUUGGUUCCAACCACGUCCUGCCUCUUUGCCCAUUUUCAGUUAUCCGGGAGUGACGUGCGGUGACGGGCUGCUAAGAUGGCAGUGGCCUCAUUUUCGCUUCAAAAAUGCUCUUCAGAAAUCAACGGGUGACGUCACGGACACUACGUUCAUAUUUUUUUACAGUCUAUGGUUAAAGGGUUAGUUCACCCAAAAAUGAAAAUUCUGUCAUUUAUUACUCACCCUCAUGCCGUUUUACACCUGUAAGACCUUCGUUAAUCUUCGGAACGCAAAUUGUGAUAUUUUUGUUUAAAUCCGAUGGCUCAGUCCAAAGCCUACAUAGGGAGCAAUGACAUUUCCUCUCUCAAGAUCCAUAAAGGCACUAAAAACAUAUUUAAAUCAGUUCAUAUGAGUACAGUGGUUCAAUAUUAAUAUUAUAAAGCGACAAGAAUAUUUUUGGUGCGCCAAAAAAAAACAAAAUAACGAAUUAUUUAGUGAAGGCCGAUUUCAAAACACUGCUUCAGGAAGCUUCGGAGCAUUAUGAAUCAGUGUGUCGAAUGCGCAGUUCAGAGCGCCAAAGUCACGUGAUUUCAGCAGAUUUCAAUCAUGAUUCGACAUGCUGAUUCAUAACAAUAUUCAAAAAAUAUUCUUGUCACUUUAUAAUAUUAAUAUUGAACCACUGUACUCACAUGAACUGAUUUAAAU